AUGAACCCAGAGGAGCAGACGGUUACGUGGCUGAUAUCAUUAGGGGUGCUUAAUUCACCCAAGAAGAACAUCGCUGACCCAGAGGAAUUUCUGAAAACAUCUCUGAAAGAUGGGGUCGUCUUGUGCAAACUUAUCGAGCGGCUCGUGCCCGGCUCAGUUCCAAAGGUAAGCGCAACAUUGUAACUGCACUGUUUAUCAGUGCAACAUAACAGUGAAAACGGAAAAAAGUAUUAUUUACAAAGUCAUAACGCUUUUCAACCGUAAGAAAAUAAAAUACUGGCAGCGCCUCUGGAGAGGAAGGGAGGGGUAGUUUGAUGAAAUUGCCCAUCUCCAUUCGAGAAAUGUAAUUUAACAUGUCUAAGUAAAAAAAAAAAAAUGGAAUAAAUUAAUGGGCCACAUGCAACUUUACGAUGAGCCAUUUAUCAAUCAUGUAAAAGAUUGUUGAGUUCGUAUAGGAUAAGAGGCUGACUUCCUGUGAAGUGAAAAAAGUGUUCCGCAUUCUGAAGUUGACUAAACGACUCGGUGGUUUAGUCUUAAAAGUAACUAAUGUUCCAAAACACAUGAUAUAGCCAAAGAUCCUUAUAUAUAUUCAGACUGAUGCACAUUCUGCUAUCCAAUGCGUUUUCUCCCCUGUGCUAGAUGCAUUUACAUCUAUUGUUUAUGUUGGUGAAGUCACAUCACAUGGAGAAGAGCUAGGGUACAAUUUUAGAACGAUAUGAUGGCUACAAGUUAAACUUUUCAUAAUUGUGGUCUUAAUAAUAUAUAUAGAAGUUCCACGUGCAUUUUGUGAUACAACAUGUAGGCUCCGGUACAGAAUAACCAUCAAUCAACAUGCACGCAUAUCUAUAUGCAGCAUUUCACUGUUAGCAGGUUGAUUUAUUUGGGGCACCAGACAUUCACUGUAAUGCAUUUUGUACAGGCCAACUGAAUGCAGGCCGUAAAACAAAGGAACACAUACAUUAUUAAUUUAGCAUACAUCGGUUGUAGGCACUCUUCUAAAUUAAUUUGAUCACAUUUAAAACUAAUGACUGUCACUGACUAGACAAAUAAGAUGCAACGCAACGGGGAAGCAAGAGGUCAUCGGCACGUCACUUCCUCCUCAAAGGCUUGUUUCCUGAUGUGACUGCCCCCUUGAGCGAGUGGUGGGUUUAUGACCUGGUGGGUUUAUGUAUACAUGAAGGAGAAGAAUCCACAGUUACUUUCUAAACUUUAAGAUAUACCAACAUUCGGGAAGGAAACAGUGGAUUGUUACUUUGUUUAUUUUCCCAUCUUGAGUUGUAAUUUGUGUCAACGCCUAUAAUUAAAUUAAAUUAACCCGUUAUCUUUAUCUCCAAGGUAUGCUAUGUUUUUAUAUAUUUGUUUUAUGUCUGUUUUUAGUACUGUCAGGAUCCGAGAAACGAAGCCGACUGCAUCGCCAAUAUCAAGGAGUUUUUGAGAGGAUGUACAUCCUUAAAAGUAGAGGUAAGUCAUUUCAAAGAGGUUGGUUGGUGGUGGUUGUUUAAUCUAUUUUAUGUUGAAAUGUUUUGCUUUCUUAUAUCAAAUCACAUUUUAAUGGUCGCGUGCAGAUAUUUAGCAGAUAUUAUUGCGGGUGUAGCGAAAUGCUUUUGUAACACAUUCUCCUAUAUGAUCAUGUGUUUGUUGCUAUUGGACAUUUUGACUUGAAUUGGUUGCUGAAUUCUUGUUUCUAGACUCUAGUAAACUGUUUCCUACAAACUUAUUUGAGGACUGGUGGCAUAGCUGAGAAAUGUGAAGCCAUGGUUAGAAAAUAAUACUGCAUGAUUGUGGCAAUAUAGUCAACACAGGUUAGUCAAUAAAAUCUUAACUUUUCUAGAACUGGUUUGCUGUUAUUUCAGCACAGAUUGUUUUCUUCUGCAGGUAGUAUGUUUUUGUCACAUGUCUCUUGAUUGCCUUGUGGAAUGGGCUACCCUCUUAAGUAGGCAUGCUGUCAAUCACUCCCACUGAACACACAGACAAGAGGCUUGUUGAUGGUUCUCAACUGAGACUGCUUCUGUCUUGAAUAAGGCUCCACUGUCUACUGUUUUAGCAGUGUGCAUUGAGCAGUAUGCAUCACACUGCUUGGUUAAUUAAACAGUAAUGGGAAAUUUAGCUGUACUCUCUACCUUUUCAAGCAAAAAUGAUCCCCCCUUCAGCCACAUUAAGAAGUUACAUUGAUAUUUAUGUCUGCAUAUAGCAUAUUCAGCAGAAUCCACACUAAACUAGUCUCUCCGUCAGGCCUAACAUAUUUCCAGCACAAUGAGUGAUGAUGCAAAUAAUAAGAGGGUGAUGGAAGUCCUUUCCUUCCCUAUGCAGUAUAGUGACUGCUGUGUUGGACACUCAUGCCUCUCCCUCCCCAACCUUUAUAAAUAGUCCUUUCUGGUCUCGAAUCACAUAAGUUGGUUUGUUAAAAAAUAGUAAUUGAAUCAGCCAGGCUCGCUGCUGCAAGUCAAGUGGUUUAGGAGGAGAAAUGCUGGCUGGCCUGUUUUUUGUUUUGGGAGGUCCCUUCUGCUUUCAUGCAGCGAUCCCACUUCUCCUCCAUAAUUAGAGCCUUUGCGGCAGUGCAGUAGCUCACGACCGUAAGGAUUUGGAGAGCCCCUGUAAAAUGUAAUCUUGACUUUUUCCGGACCAUUGCAGUUCGGCCCUUCCCAUGCUCUGGUCAGUGAUGUGAUGCUGAAACCCUCUCUCUCUCUCUCGUUUUCUUCUUAACCACAGCCAAAAUAGGCACAUGGGGCUGUCAUGUGACUGGAGAAAGAGAGCAGUCACUCUCACAACUUUUCCUUCUGCACCGAGAUGCAGAAAAGGGAAGUAGCAGCAACAGAUUGAGGGCUAACUUGACCAGUUCUAGUCGACUACAGUAUAGUUUAAUUUAUAGAGCCUGAGUCUGCCGUAUUUUUUUAUAGACAUCUACAGUAAUAUACAGUUAUAACAUAUGUGAGUUACAUACUACCAAGGCCCUGCUCAAGGCUCUUUGACAGAGACAGACAAGUGAGUUUCAUAUGUCAUAUCUUAGCCUCAGAUGUCAGAUUGUUUAGCUUUUAUGUAACUGUUUUAAUGUUUUUAUCCAUGCUUCAGUUCUCUAAAAUUAACAAGCAACAGAUUGACACGUCAAUAUUACAAGCUGCCCCAGUAGUCUUUCAUCUUGACAUGGUUAACAGAGAGCUAAAUGUGUUGUGAUAGGCCACGCUUCAUCAUUGGUAAGACCAUGCACUACCCCCGAGACACAGUAGCUCUGGCUCUGAAGGGCUAGAUAGUGAACAGAUGCCUCAUGCCCUGCUACCCAAAUUCUAUAUUUAAGAUGUUUUAUUUAAAAUGUGAAACCUUACAGUGGCUUGCGAAAGAACCUGGAAUUUAAAUAGAUUUUUUGGGGGGGUUGUAUCAUUUACACAACAUGCCUACCACUUUGAAGAUGCAAAAUAUGUUUUAUUGUGAAACAACCAAGAACUUGAGCGUGCAUAACUAUUCUAUUGGGGAUGGUGUUCUCGGGGUGAUGAGAGGUGUUGGGUUUGCACCAGACAUAGCGUUUUCCCUGAUGACCAAAAAGCUCAAUUCUAGUCUCAUCUGACCAGAGUACAUUCUUCCAUAUGUUUGGGGAGUCUCCCACAUGCCCUUUGGCGAACACCAAACCUGUUUGCUUAUUUUUUUUCUUUAAGCAAUGGCUUUUUUCUGCCCACUUUUCCGUAAAGCCCAGCUCUGUGGAGUGUACGGCUUAAAGACAGUCUUAAAGACAGUCCAAUCUCCGCGGUGGAGCUUUGCAGAUCCUUCAGGGUUAUCUUUGAUCUCUUUGUUGCCUCUGAUUCAUGCCCUCCUUGCCUGGUCUGUGAGUUUUGGUGGGCGGCCCUCUCUUGGCAGGUUUGUUGUGGUGCCAUAUUCUUUCCAUUUUUUAAAUAAUGGAUUUAAUGGUGCUCCAUGGGAUGUUUAAAGGUUUGGAUAUUUUUUUAUUAACCAACCCUGAUCUGUACUUCUACACAACCUUGUCCCUGACCUGUUUGGAGAGCUCCUUGGUCUUCAUGGUGCCGCUUGCUUGGUAGUGCCCCUUGCUUAGUGGUGUUGCAGACUCUGGGGCCUUUCAGAACAGGUGUAUGUAUAUAUAUAUUGAGAUCAUGUGACACUUGGAUUGCACACAGGUGGACUUUAUUUAACUAAUUAUGUGACUUCUGAAGGUAAUUGGUUGCACCAGAUCUUAUUUAGGGGCUUCAUAGCAAAGGGGGUGAAUACAUAUGCACGCACCACUUUUCCGUUAUUUAUUUUUUAGAAUUUUUUGAAACAAGUUAUUUUUUAAAUUUCACUUCACCAAUUUGGACUAUUUUGUGUAUGUCCAUUACAUGAAAUCCAAAUAAAAAUCCAUUUAAAUUACAGGUUGUAAUGCAACAAAAUAGGAAAAACGCCAAAGGGGAUGAAUACUUUUGCAAGGCACUGUAGCUGCUGGAGGAAAGUGGAUAGCUGGCUGUCUGUGAGGCCGGGAGACAGAGAGCGAGCGAGUGCUCAGUGUGCAUCGAAUGGCAAAUGAGGAGAGAACCGUCUGUUUCGUUACCAAAACCGCUAGGCCACGAAAAAUGUGGUUCACAUUCAACAUGUCUCUGUCUUGUGUGCAAGUCAUAUCCCAUUGUGUGUUGUUGCUGGGCUGCAGUCAGGCUUCUCUCUGUGUGAUAGUCAGCAAGGCUUUGUUUUCAGUGAAAAGCCUCUCUGCUGCUAAUGAUUUCUGACCUACUUCUCUUCCUCUGCUGUUUUUAGUCAGUCAUAUGAGCAGCCAGGCAAUUUGCUUUUGAAUUGAACGUUUCUUCUUUGUGUCUGUCUCCUCUCCUGCCAGGGAUUUGAACCAGAGGGCCUGUACACUGGGGAGAACUUUAACAAAGUGCUGACCACUCUGCUGGGAGUCAACUUUGCCACCCAAGGUCAGUCUGAUGACUGGAUUUAUCUGCUCUGGGUCUUAUUCAGGAGGAUGCAGAGCCACAAAACGUUCAGAUAGAAAUGCACUGUGUAAAACACACAUGAUUCUUACUCUAUACAUUAGCCUAUAUUUCUAUCUUCAAGGUUGUAAACGUUGCACCUUACUGAAUAAGACCACAAUGGGUUUUAAGGUUUAGGCCGAAAUAAUAUUUACUCACCUUCAUUAUCAUGCAUUGUAAUAUUGUCAUCAUUGAUGUGUAUGCUACUAAUGAUAAUACUAAUUUAUGCUACAUGACUAACCUGUCCUCUCUAAAAGAGGAGCCAAGUGGAGUGAAUCAUUUUACAGCUACUUGUUAGUGUGUGCAUUGUGCAGUGCUGAGACUUCUACUGAUCACAUGUAGCAUCGUUUAUAAUGCACUCUGCCAAGUCUGUGUGUGCGAGGGUGUGAAUAUGCUUGUGUGUCAUUUUUAGCUGGAUUGGUCCCAGGAGGCCUCGUGAAUCAUAAAAUGUGUCCUGUUCACAGGCAGCUGGCAUGGCUGUGUCUCUCUGUUUCUAUGGGCCUCCUGUGGAGUACCAUAUUUACUAUGAUGACUGCUGUGGCUUUGGCUCUCAUGAACUGAACUUGCCUGGCUCUUUUCUGUAACAUUGCAUUAGAUGACACCUGGCUGAGCUUGAAAAAGGCUUUAUUCAUUGUAGCAAGUUUAGUGGUAUGAGUGGAAUUUACUUGGCAAAAACAGUAUCUCAUUGUCAAAAUGAGGAAAUUGUAUUUUAUGUCAAAGCAAUGGUGCAGCUAGGUUCUAAGACAUGCACGUGCUAAAUGGCAACCUGAUAGUCACUCCAAUCGAAACAGUGCUUGUCUUCAAAGCCAUCAGUUGACUGUAUCCGUUAGUCUCGUUAUCAGUUUGAAGUUGUCUUAGCGCCAGUCCUUAUUAGAGAGCAUGGGUAGUACAGGCCACAGCAUGAAAACUGGACCAAAAGCUCUCGCUCUCUCCUCUCUCCUCUUAGUGAUGUGAUCAGCUUGAUAUGCAAAUCAUCAAAUAGAGUCUGAGAGGGCCAGAAGCCAUUUGCCAAUCUUCAAAACAUCUAGUGCUGUUGAUUUUGGCUGAAUUAGUCACACGCGCUUUAAUGUGAUCAAGAAGAGGCAUCUCUCUGUUUCUGCUGCUUGUGAUUUUCUGGCAGGCCUCAGCACAGUGUUCUCUCUCUCUCUCUCUCGGUCUGGUCUGUGUGUGUCUCUGUCUGUCUGUGUGUGUCUCUGUCUGUCUGGGUCUCUGUCUCUCUGUGUGUGCUUGUGUGCACGAUCUGACAGUGCAGCUGUAAGAAGCAGUGGUGGCCAGGCCACAAGGAGGGAGCUACUGACUCCAGGGCUUGUCUGGGCGUCUCACUGCAUGUGCAGAGGCAUAUGGAAUCCAUGCGAUAACCCCCUCACAGCCCUAAGAGAAACACAACCACUUCUACUAUACUGGCCUGUCGCUAUUGCUCUUUUGGCCCAUCUGCAGUUGCAAAGUGAUGGGGAAUUGGGGUGAUGUCAAGAUUGGCUUUGACUCUUGGAUAUACAGUAUGUAGGCCUAAUGCUGAUGGGAGUGCCCUCAAUUGUUAAAGGGGAACUCAUAACCCCGGAGACACCCUUGUAAUUUGAUAUCUGGAUGUGUCUUUCUUGUAGCAUACAUGGCCAGGUCUCCCAUGGAUUUGUUUUUCUCAGGUCUAAAAGGUUGAAUAAAAACAUGAUCCUGGUGUUUUUCCUCCAGAGUCAUUUCCAGACUGUAGCAAUAUGGUAAAUAACAUGACUCACUGAUCAGUGUCAGCAAUACCGCCUCUGCCAAUCUCUCUUUAUCAAUCCUCAUUACAAUGGUCUCGGUCUGUAUAACUAAUAGGGUAUCUAGCUAAUCCUGCCUUCCAGAUGGUUGGCUCUCUAUCAAAACAUGUAUAAAUAGCUUGGCGAUGAUCCGCUCCUUUAAUGAAAGGAGAUUAGACAAAGGUGUUACUCCCGGACACUUUCCCUCCUUGGAAAGUGGAUUUAGACUCAGUACCAGCCAACAAGGAUGCACAUGUAUCAUGUAAAGUAAUGUGUUAGCUCAUUAAAAGAGGAUUCGCUGUCACUUCCCGACACCGAUACAAGUAUUGAUCUAAUACUGUGUUGGCUCAGUUGUGAAGGAUGUCUAUGGGUCGACAUUUGGCUUAGGUUUAGCAGCUGGCAUUGGGAAAGGGUGUGGCUGUGGCAGAGACAUGCCCAGGUCUGUUGGUACUGCUGUGGCUGGAAGGCUGAUGCAUUACUGCGCCUGCAAAGGGAAUCCUCUCACAUGACGGCUGCCAGGUGUUUUCCAGUAUUAGUCUGGUAGUCCCACAUGGCUUUCCUCCUGUCUGAGAAUGCUAAGGAGAGUUUAUUAGUCAGCUCUUUGAAGACGAUUUUGUUAUUGUCCGACUCAACCUACAAUACAUUAUUUCCCAUUCAUUUCUAUUGGGCACAACAAAAUCUGAAACACAACCAAAACAAACUACAAAUGCAUCCAACAAGUUUGUAGAGUCACAAGCUUGAUGUAUUUAUUGUGUGCUAGGAAUAUGGGACCAAAUACUAAACUUUUGACUACUUUAAUACACAAUAAGUGAAUAUGUUCAAAUAAUUAUGAUUCCUUCAAAUGUGGGGACUAGAUACAUAAAGUGCUUUCAUUUCUAAACAGUAAAACAGAUAUGUAUGAAAAACCCCUCAAAUAAAAUGUGACAUUCUGUACUGUCGCCUCAAAUAAAACAUUUUAUCUCUAAUCCAAAAUGCUGGAUUAUAGAGCCAAAUUAAAUGUUUUAGCUUCACUGUUGAAAUAAAUAUGAGUGUAAGCACAUUAGAGGUAUGAAUCAUUCGGUCUUUGCCCUCUUUGAUGUUGGUAAUUGAUCAAGUAAAACAAGGUCUCUUGUCUUGUCUGUGUUAGAUGCUAGCUAGCAGAGUUGAGGUGAUUCUGUCAGGCACUGCAGAGCCAACAGUCUGCACUGAAACCCCUUCUCAUCAACAAGCUGUUAACAGUGCACAGCCCAAUGCUGUUUAACCUAACCACUGACGCAACACUGACGUGUAUGAGAGAGAGAGAUGUCAUCUCAACUGUUAUGAGUACUGUGUAAUUGUAUAAAUGAGACAUUGAUUUUAUACUUGAUUAUAAGAAUUAUGUAAGUUGUUGUGUUCAUGACUGACUGACAAACAUCUAUAUAACCUUCUAAGUUAUUUGAGUCCUUGCACUCACAAUGUGUCUUUGUGGAUCAUAAUGAAAUAUUCAAAAGUCUCUGUGUUUUCCUCCACAGACUGUGGCACUGAGAGGUCAUGUCCCCAGUCCGGCACAGCCGCUCCUAGUCAGUCCACCUCCUCCAACACACUAUCGUCAUCCAGGUCCAAGUCCCUGCGCAGACAAUCUAAACCAGUGGUAGGGUCACACAAACACACGCACACAGAGUUGAGGUCAAUUCCAUCUCAAGAAUGUCUGUUUAUGUCCUGAAUUGACUGCAUUGAAAUGGAAUGGACCCCAACGCUGGUCCUAACUGAUGUGGUUGUUUACCAGUCAGUAACUGACAACCAUUCUACCUAAUCAGGAGAUGUCGGAGAACGGCGGGGGCGGGCUGCUGCUGGUGAAGGCACGCUUCCAAUUCAAGCAGAACAACGAGGAUGAGCUGUCCUUCAACAAGGGAGACCUGAUCAGUGUGUCGCGCCAGGAGGAGGGCGGUUGGUGGGAGGGCUCGCUCAACGGCAAGACGGGGUGGUUCCCCAGCAACUAUGUCCGUGAGGUCAAGCCCUGCGGUGGGUAGGGUUGGGGAAGAUUUGAUGUAGUACCUGGAAUGUACAAAAACUCGAUUUAGACUAGACACUAGUUAUUGCUGCUCCAUAACUCAGGUUCUUAUUUAUUUAUGUCCUGCAGAUAAGCCUGUGUCUCCUAAAGCAACUCAACUUACCAAGAACUACUACAGUGUGGUGAGUGGGCCCUCUCACAUUGGAUCUCACUUUUCUACAGCUCCAUAUGUACUGGGCCACUACAGCUUUGCUUAGGGGAACUGUAUAGGCGGUAACACCAUGCCUGUUUCUAAUAGGAUGUGCCUCAUUUCAAUGAUCUUUCUCAGGUGGUUCAAGACAUCCAGGAGCAUGAGAGGGAGUUUGUCAAGGAGCUGCAGACAGUGUUGAGCUGUUACCUACGACCCCUACUGGCCAGCGACAAGUAAGCUCAAAGAACAAGGAUGGGGGACAUGGGGGAUUCAUUCAGAUGUUUUAAUUAAUCUUAAAAUACCAAUUACUAAAGAACUUUGUGUCAUUGUGAAUCUCUCUUAGAAUGACCCAUGCACCAUGUUGUUGUUUUUAAAUGGGUAUAUAUGUUCUACUCAUUGUAAUUCUAUGUUCUCUGUUGUGUGGUGUCCAGGCUGAGCAGUACAGACAGUGGCAUUCUGGGUGCUAACCUGGAGGAGAUCCUCACCUUCCAGCAGGGCCUGGUUUUGGCUCUGGAGGAGUGCACCAAGUAAGUGUGUGUGAGAGUGUUAAUGGCACAGGUCUGGGGUGGAGGCACUGCACAUUUUAGUCAACUGAAUCAAAUCACAUUACCCUAACCCCAUGUCAAAUCUGCCACUAGACUUUUUACAUGCCGGACUGUUUCUAUCAGAUAUUCUGGAGAGAAAUAGUUUUGUUGCGAUGUAGAUCUAGAUGGGAUGGCCUCAGACGACCAUGCACCCUCUAGUGACCGAUAUCUAGAAUAGAAUCUGAAACCAAAGAUACAGGAACAACCCAACUGUUGUCGUAGUAACUAACACACCACUUCUCUCUGUGUGUGUUGCAGGGUUCCAGAGAGCCAGCAGCGAGUGGCUGCCUGCUACCUCAACCUGAUUGGUCAGAUCAGGAUGCUGUACCUGUCCUACUGCUCCAGUCACCCCUCUGCUGUCUGCGUACUCACUGACCACAGGUCAGUCCUUAUGGGCAUCUCAGUUCUGCAUGACAUUCAUCUAAAUUUGAUUCGCAUUUCACUGCAUUUAACAGUCCGUAUAAUAAUGCAUAAGUAAAAUGGCAUGUCUUUGUGGAUAGCUUUGGGAUUAGUUGGAGUUUCUCUUUGACCCACUAGGUGUCAUACUUUCUCUCUGUAAAUGUAGAGGCGCAACCAACGAUGUGGAUGACUGACGGGGCUUGUGUUGAAGCCACUGCUCAGCCAUCUUGGUACUCCUCCUGCAUAAAAAAAAAAAAAAAAAAAGGAUGUUGGAAGCUAUAGAAAUGCAUUUAUUAAUAUCUACAUGCAUUUUUGACAUGUUUAUUAUAUUACAGACUCCUAAAUGCAUACUUUUAAAUUAUAUUAUCUGAGCUAAACAUAAAAACAAAAAAUAUAUAAUAAUCUUCCUUAAAGUAUAUCUUUUUUUUGUGAGUGCUAAUGUUAGCACGCACACAUUUUUUUACUCUAGAAUUCCAAUCAUUCCUAUGCAGUACUGCUCCUACUUGGGAGUGCCAAUAUAGCCGACCAGUGGCUUCAAUGCCUCUCAAUGGCCAAUACAUAUCGUCAGCAAUCCAGGGUUUAUAUACAUCAUUGGGCGCAACAAAGUGGUGUCUCACUUAUCAGUUGUAAAUUAUGAGUGAGUGAGUAACCUUCAGUGUGUAGCCAACCCUCAUCAUAUCCUCACUGUGUCAUUCACUACAAUCACCCCUUAGCCUCUGUGGACCUCUUAAUGGUUCAUCUCACUGCUGUCCAUCACACACAAUGUAGUGGUAAUUAAAACCAAGACAUGAAUCAACUGGUUAUGUAAUUAUUAUGUCAGUUUAGCAAAUUAAUCAUGUAUGCUAUUUUGCAACUAUUGUUGAUUUCCCUCCCUGGUCUCUUGCUGCACAAUUGUUAAUGUGUAAAGAUGCAUUGCAGAGAUAAGAGAACACACAGGAAGCUGCACACAGGAUAUCUAUAGUUGUGGUUGUUGUUCGAGGCAGAUGAGGCACUUUCGAUUUCACACUAAACUAAUUGGCUUCUUUCAUACUGUGGGAUCUUUUUAAGUUGUGUCCUUUCACUACCAAACACAUUCAACAUUGACUUAAUUGGUUGUUCACUCCAAACUCAGUGUCUUUUUUCUAUGGCGGAAUCUUUUCCCUAUCUCUUUACAUCGUAACCCAGCAGUAUAACACUGUGUGUGUGUUGUAGUGAGGAGCUGGGUACGUUUAUGGAGAGCCAGGGGGCCAGUACGCCGGGCAUCCUGACCCUGACCACCAGCCUGAGUAAACCCUUCAUGAGGCUGGACAAGUACCCCAUCCUGCUGCAGGAGCUGGAGAGACACGUGGAGGUACAGUAGGUCUCAUCUAGAGCCAACAUGGAGGGCAGUUGCUUAACUCUCUAUAGGCCCAUCUAUGGAAUCAUAUGCAACUGAGGUUUCUCACCUCCACUGUUCCAGAUAGCACUCCCCGUCAAUGCUGAAAUACUAUUGAUAUACAGUGUUUUGAUAUCCCUCCCAAACGUGUUAAUGUAGUUGGAUUGUUGCAUUUUUUAAAAUUUUUACAUCCAACUUUAUUCAGGGGUGAAAGUAUAUUUAAUUUCUUACUGGUACGGGACUCCCCGUGUGUGUGUGCGUGCAUGUUUUUUAUAGCCUAGGUGUAAUCAUAGAAUUACAUAUCCCUAUUAAUUUAAUAUGGUCUCUGUGGGCCUAGUUGGCUUAGUAAUGAAUUGUCAUAUAACUUUUCAAAUGUAUUACAAUUUAAUGUGGCAUAAACACAACCAGUCAUGAUGUCUUCAUAUGAUUGUCGAACAAUCUCUUUAAAAAGGUGCUCCUAUAGGCUACCCGUGCACGUUCGUUCACUCACAAAAUAAUUCCAGCAUCCAAACAGUGCACUGUGCACCCACCAUUUGAUGAAUGGAAAGGGACUUCUGUUACAAAACACCUAAACGUGUAUUGUAAUUACAUUCUGCGACGGUCAUUAGGCCUGCACUUGUAGCCUGAAUGGAUGCGUCCACUGCUGUCUGCGCGCGUCUCUGUUUCGGCCACUCAUCUCCACCUUGACAAAAUGUAAGUGUUCUCAUCGAACCACUAUGUAACCCACUUAUUACUUUGCAGGGACUCCGUACCGGCUUACUUUCACCCCUGCCUUUUAUAAGGUAUUGUGUAUAAGAUAUAAGUUAUUUAACCGUUUUUGUUGUUGUUGACUAUCUUGCAGGAGGCCCACCCGGACUACAGUGACAUCUUGAAGGCGACAGUGGCCUUUAAGAGCUUGGUGGUAGGUACAGAACCCCUGUGGUUCCUCAUGCAAUGUUAAUGUUGGCAUGGCCCAUAGAGAUGAACCAUGCGCAUUGUAUUAUCUUACUAGUCUAUAGUAGCAUCAUCUAUUCUAUAUUACUAACACACUACCGAGAGAGAGAGACAAGUCACUGAAAAUUAUCUCAGUGAGUACAUUUACAUGCACAAUAAUAAUAAUUUGAUAUCAAACUGAUUAUGGCAGUAGGCAGAUUAUGCAAUAGUCAUGUAAGCAGGGUGUAAGGUCAAAAUCUAACUAAGCACAUGCCGAUUAAAACCCCAGGUGUUCUGCGCAAUCUUUCGAAUUAUUAGGACAUGUAAACAGCUUAAUCAGCGUUCCAGCAGUGUAUUUGAUCUGUGCAUGUGCCAGCAACGGUAGCGCAAGCUCCCCUCUUAUGUGUGAGUGAAGUGAGUUCGGAAAACUAAAAAUAACAUGGUCACUGUGGUAGAACAUUUAUUUUGGUUGGCGAUUUUCUGCAUUUAUCAAAAGUCCCAUCAUAUAGCCUGAUUUCAGAUGUUUCCAUGUAAACAGGAUUAUUAGGGAAAUCGUUCUUCUUGCAAAGCAUAUAAACGUUUUAAACAAACUAUUAUAUUAACCUUACUAUCCAGAAUCACAUUAUCGUGUGCGCGUUUCCUCGCUCAGUGUCUUGAUGAAAGCACACACGUCGAUUUUCAGUGCAUGAAAUUAAUAAAGGCUUAUCUGAAGAUGGGUCGAUGUUUUUUGUAUCUAGUUCUUAUGUUUCCAAACUGAGGAGAAGGAGCAUCACACGAGACAGCCUUGCAUAAAACAGGUCAAAUAGGGGGUGCUUAUAUUAAUCUGUGUGCAGUGUGAAAGGGCAAUGAUACGCCCAUCUCGGUAGUUUGAAUGAAGAAUAAAAUAUAUUGCUUCCUGUGUAAUAUGUCCUCAGUGGAAAUAUUUUUCCUAAGGUGGGUUGUGACUGAAAUAGCAGCACAGAGUUUGAAGACAAGCAUUAGAUGAGAGUCAAUACAGGUAUCUGUUGGAGCAAUUGUUUCGAAAAUGUGGCUGAGAGUUAUGAAUUGGAGGGGAAGGGUUGAAUCACACACACUUACACUGUAGUCUCUUGAGGUGUCUGUGUGUGAGACGUGUGCUGGGGUGUGUGUUUGAGCUUCCCAAAGGUUAACUUUUGGGUCCGCCAGCCCUAUUUGCAUACGUUCCUGCCCUUCAUGUCUGAGUCAGAACUUGGUUGAUGUUGCUUUGUCAUUUUGUCUUUGUGAGAGGGGGAACACCCCUUCUGGUCCCGGUAAACUGUUCUCUGUAACUCGCCUUUGCAUGAGGCACAGUUAUGUUAUACCUGUUGCAGUAUUGCCAUUUCAUGGACAUUUUAUAUUACAGAGUUACUAGCUUUGCGCUAGUGCAAAUGUUUACUAACCCAGGCUUAAAAUGGCUAUUAUCUUAUUGUUUGUCUGUUUCCACCACACACUAACAGUGUCUCAUAUGAACUAUACAUUAAUUGGCACCUCUCCCUGUCCUUUCAGACCCAGUGUCAGGACCUGUGGAAGCGUAAGAACCUGGAACUACAGAUCCUGUCAGAGCCAGUGAGAGGCUGGGAGGGAGAUGGGAUGAAGUCUCUGGGUCACGUGGCCUACAUGUCCCAAGUGCACAUGCAGAACGGGACCAAUGAGGUGAGAGCAACAGAUACAGGUGUCCCUAUAUGCUGAACUAGGAUCAGUCUUGCAUUCCCCCCCCUAAUGGUUAAUGUUAGGAUUGGGGACGGUAAGCUGAUCAUAGAUCUGUGUGUAACGGCAACUAUCCAGAGAGAGCGCUACAGGCAACCUCUGAGAAGGUCGAAGUUCAAAUUAAUGACUCCAAUGGCUCCUUUCACAGCAAUGUGGUUGAAUGGUUAUUAAUGUUUUGAGCAGCAUGAACAUGUGCUUGGGCAAAGCAAACAACAGGAAAAGUGAGGUGGACCAGUUACUUUCUCUGCUUGACAACCAGGAAAUAAAAUUGUUGCUUGUUUGUUCACUCACAGGCUUAGAAUCGAUCCAAGGACUUCCUCUUUCAGAAUUGUAAUAUUUCAGCACCUGAUAUGAUUGUUUCCAUCCAACACAUUCUGGAGAUGAGUCCUAUAUUCUGAUCGCCACCCCCUCUCCUACAUUAGGCCUAUGUUCAUCAAAUAUUUGAAUUCAUUAUGAAUCAGAAACCACAGACUAGAGUCGAAAGUCAUCCCCCCCUGUAGUGUGGUUUCUGUGUAGGGGUCGAUUAUGAGGAUCUGAGGGCUGAGAGGAACAAAUGUCUGGCUUUGUUUUGGUCUUAUUGAAGCUCCAACCAACGUCUAUGUAACGUCUUUCAAACUGAUUCCCUGUUUUCUUAACCUUUUUUAAAGCUGUAAUAUGUAACUUUUUGGGCGACCUGUGUCGUGGACAUUUCAGUUCUGAGAGAGACCUGGACAACCUUUCAAACAAUCAAUCUUUAUUUAACAUCGAUUAAUUAUUGCAAUAAUGAAGCUGGUCGACCGCACACUCUGAAGUGUGUGUUGCCGAGAGCUUAACUAAUAAUGAAAAAAUAGAGAUCUUAUAUAGGAGACCUAAAAAUGCUUAGUCAUGGCUGAUUCCACCCAUUCCAUGCAGAUAGGGGGCACCAUAAGCCACUUUAGGUUAAUUUUUCCGGAUUAACCCCACCUCAUCUUAGUAUCCCAGAUGCCAGGAUAAUUAGGAAUACUGAGGAUUUUCGUUCUACUCCUCCAGGCUAUCCCUUUCUUGGUUAAACAUACACAUAUACAGAAGUUUACAUACACUUAAUUAGUAUUUGUUAGCAUUGCCUUUAAAUUCUUUAACUUGGGUCAAAUGUUUCAAGUAGCCUUCCACAAGCUUCCCACAAAAAGUUGGGUGAAUUUUGGCCCAUUCCUCCUGACAGAGCUGGUGUAACGGAGUCAGGUUUGUAGACCUCCUUGCUCGCACACGCUUUUUCAGUUCUGCCCACAAUUUUCUGUAGGAUUGAGGUCAGGGCUUUGUGAUGGCCACUCCAAUACCUUGACUUUGUUGUCCUUAAGCCAUUUUGCCACAACUUUGGAAGUAUGCUUGGGGUCAUUGUCCAUUUGGAAGACCCAUUUGCGACCAAGAUGUUGCUUCAAUAUAUCCACAUAAUUUUCCUUCCUCAUGAUGCCAUCUAUUUUGUGAAGUGCACCAGUCCCUCCUGCAGCAAAGCACCCCACUGCAUGAUGCUGCCACCCACGUGCUUCACGGUUGGGAUGGUGUUCUUCGGCUUGCAAGCUAACCCCUUUUUCCUCCAAACAUAACGAUGGUCAUUAUGGCCAAACAGUUCUAUUUUUGUUUCAUCAGACCAGAGGAAACUUCUCCAAAAAGUACGAUCUUUGUCCCCAUGUGCAGUUGCAAACCGUAGUCUGGCUUUUUUAUGGCGGUUUUGGAGCAGUGGCUUCUUCCUUGCUGAGCGGCCUUUCAGGUUAUGUCGAUAUAGGACUCGUUUUACUGUGGAUAUAGAUCAUUUUGUACCUGUUUCCUCCAGCAUCUUCACAAGGUCCUUUGCUGUUGUUCUGGGAUUGAUUUGCACUUUUCGCACCAAAGUACGUUCAUCUCUAUGAGACAGAACGCGUCUCCUUCCUGAGCGGUAUGACGGCUGCGUGGUCCCAUGGUGUUUAUACUUGCAUACUAUUGUUUGUACAGAUGAACGUGGUACCUUCAGGCGUUUGGAAAUUGCUCCCAAGGAUGAACCAGACUUGUGGAGGUCUACAAAAUUUUGGCUGAUUUUCUUUUAGUUUUCCCAUGAUGUCAACCAAAGAGGCACUGAGUUUGAAGGUAGGCCUUGAAAUACAUCCACAGGUACACCUCCAAUUGACUCAAAUGAUGUCAAUUAGCCUAUCAGAAUCUUCUAAAGCCAUGACAUCAUUUUCUGGAAUUUUCCAAGCUGUUUAAAGGCACAGUCAACUUAGUAUAUGUAAACUUCUGACCCACUGGAAUUGUGAUACAGUGAAUUAUAAGUGAAAUAAUCUGUUUGUAAACAAUUGUUGGAAAAAUUACUUGUCAUGCACAAAGUAGAUGUCCUAACCGACUUGCCAAAACUAUAUUUUGUUAACAAGACAUUUGUGGAUUGGUUGAAAAACUAGUUUUAAUGACUCCAACCUAAGUGUAUGUAAACUUCCGACUUCAACUGUAUCUGUCAUUCUCAUUGAAAGCAAGUCUAAGAAGCUGUAGAUCUGUUCUAUGUGCACUAUUUCUAUGCUUCCCGUUUUUAAGUUGAGUUUUUGCGUCUUUUACUUUCGGUUUUGCACACUAGCUUCAAACAGCUGAAAAUACAGUUUAACCCAAAAUAUUGUAUUUCACAGCGGUUUGGAUGGUACAAUGAUUCUCUACACUAUAUUUGCUUGUUCUGUCACAUUAACUGAAAUUAGGCUAAUUAUUAGAAUUUUAGCAACCAGGAAAUGGUGAAGCGAUUUCUGCAUAGUGCAUCUUUUAACUUAGCUGAAAUAUUAUGAUUUGGGAUUAAUAAACUCUGAUAUUUCUCCCCAAAUAUCAUCGAUGCGACUGAUUUUCACGUCCCAUUGCCAGUUCUCAGACACUCAUCUUUGUCUGUGGGUGUCAAUGUGUGUAUUUGACACAUAGCCAUGUCUGGUUCUUUCAUGCUGUAUCUGUGUUAAUAUGUGUGUUCUCCAUAGGAGAAAGAGGAGCGCUACCUCAUGAUGUUUCCCAGUGUGCUGGUCAUGCUGUCUGCUAGUCCGCGGAUGAGUGGCUUCAUAUACCAGGUAACAUACGAGGACCAGAUGUGUGCCAUCUGAAUAUGUCCCAGGUGUUUCCCAGGUAUCUGUGGCAGUGUGUCACCCCGCCCCCCUCCUCUUUCUUUCCCCACAGGGAAGGCUGCCACUGACGGGCUCCACAGUCUCCAGACAGACAGAGGACACAGAGAACGGCCACUACGCCUUUGAGAUCACAGGUACAGUAGGUUAAUCUCAGAGGAGAUUGAGAAGGACCGGAAUACUCUAUUAUAAUCUGCGGCGCAAUUAUGCAGAUUAUAAUAUUAUGGUGAUUGCAAUCAGUGCCAGUUAUUGGGUUUCCUUUGAAAGGCCUGUAUCAUAACACACAGGUCCUGUUAAAUAGAUUGGAGGUCACUGGGCCAUUUAUCAUAUUCCUAUUACAUCAGUGGGUUGUAGGCUAUUAAUGGCAGUUUGCGCCUCAUUUUAAGCGAACCAAUGGAGUAUUUCUUAUAUAGCAUCCCUUUGAAAAAAUAGUAGCAAGCUGCUCUGUCAGUCAUUCUUAUUCAAGUCCCUUCAGCACAAACUCCAGCUGUGUAAACCUUGAUUAAUCUCUGUUUUAACAAUUGAAGACUUAUGACAUUCACUGAGGGGGAAAAGGAAAGAUACUAAGUAUUUGAGUUAUGUGAACUAUUCAUCAUAGUGUUUAUGUAAUGAUAUCAUUAACAUGACAAGACUGCUGGGAGAACAUUUCAUCAUAGUUGUGUUAUUUACUUGCCACAUGACACAAGCUAUGAUACAUGCCGCAUUGAAAACGACUGGGAACUCGGAAAUCUCCGACUUCCAAACUUCGAUUUGAACGGUCAUCCAACUCGGAAUUCCAACUCUGGAACCCGGGCCUCUUUCUAGAGCUCCGACUUUCCGACCUGAAGAUCACUGACGUCAUGAUUUGAUCUUGUAUUUCUAUAAGAGUUCCUAUAAAGCUUACUUGUUUUGUAAUCCUGACACUAUCAUCUGGUUUGUCAUCCAGUCACGACGCAGCUGUCAUGGUGGGCGUUUAUGAUUCAUGUUAGAUGUCUACAUGUGGGCUUUACGAAACGUCUCGCAAACAAAGUGUUACACGUACCUAACUUUAGGUAGCUUGGCCUGGAACUUCCCAGCAAAGUGCAACCCACUGAAGUGUGUGUCUCGUGUGUGUGUGUGUGUGUGUGUGUGUCUCGUGUGUGUGUGUGUGUGUGUGUGUGUCUCGUGUGUGUGUGUGUGUGUGUGUGUUGCAGGGAGCAUGAUGGAUCGUGUCACAGUGUUCUGCAGUAACCCCCAGGAGCUGCAGGACUGGCUGGACCAUCUCAGUGCCUACACCAAAGGCGGAAGCCCCGUGGGCACCAUAAUCAAGGUAAAGACAUGACACACACAAGCAUGCACACACAUUCACACACUGCAUUAUUUCUUGUAUCAAAGAUACAGGAACUGCUGUUGUGUGUAGAGAAUGUGCACUAAACAAAAUGGUGUGUUUCCCUUUAGACAUGGUCCGUGGUAUGAAAACAUGCACACCACUUCACACGUAGCAAGAACUCGCAUUGCACUGAACUAUGAACUACUACUGCACUUCACACAUGGCUGGCAUUUGCAUUGAAACUUACACAUCCCCUCUUUCUAACUAUCUUACCUCUGUGUAUGAAUUAUGUAGAACGACGGGGGGAAACCGGUCAGUAUGGUGGGUACACCCACUCACCAGUCCCACCUGCCCAGCUUCAGCACCCCCAGCCAGGCCAACCGGGGUCCCCUGGAGCCCCCCAAGACCACCAAGCCCUGGUCCCUGAGCUGCCUGCGUCCCGCCCCACCCCUCAAGCCCUCUGCUGCACUGGGCUACAAGGAGGUAGGCCAACCCAGACUUAUGAUCCAUCGAUCUCUGGGUUCUUCACGCUUGAUUCUGGAGAGCUGCAGUGUGUGCAGGGUUAUGUUCCAGCCCAGCACUAACCCUCCAGAUUCUUCUUAUCAAGGUCUGGAUGAAUAGUUGAUUACUUGAAUCAGGAUAUUGUGCUAGGCUAGGACAAAUGCCUGCAAACACUAAGUUUAUUCAGGAAUGGGGUACAGAACACUGCUUUAUGUCUCACAGUAACUUGACUCUAAUAGGACCAUGAAAAAACCCUCUGGGAUAUAGCUGUUUGUGUGUGCGGAGCGCUUAGCAGAUGAGUAGGCAAAAGGUGGUCCCGGAAGCUAUAGAAUGACAGUUUACAGGCAAGGGGGGGUGUAUUAGUGUUAGCGACAGUUCAUCACUGAGCAUUACCCACAAUACUCUCUGCCCCCAGGGUUAAAGCAGCUAUUAACUGGGGUCUCCUUCUCUACCUUUUUGGAGAAUGCAUGCAUCUCCCCCUUUACCUCUCUCCUCUACCCUGUUUUUUUGUUUAUUCUUUCUCUGUGGAAUCAUCACUCUGUUUUCUUCAUACUACAGGAUGGGGGGGGGGGGGGGGGGUACUGAAAUGUUCACUGUUCAUGCUCUUCUAUAACAUUUAAAAAAAUAAAAUCAUGCAUCUCUCUCUCUCUCCAUACUGGCUUCUGUAGAGAAUUUCUUAUAUCUUGAAGGUAAGGCUAGAUCUAUCACUCUCUUUCUGUGUGGAUGUGUGUGUGUGCAUGCGCCCUUGUGCUGAAGUGGCAACACAUUGCUCUGUUUGCCUCUUCCUCUGCUGUAAGCUGUUGGUUUCCUGUGUUCUCUGCUGCCUUGUCUGUCUUUUAUCCCCCGUAGUCACCCAGAACCUCUGGCAGACGGUCUACCUGAGAUCUCUAUCUGUUUUCUAGGUAACAGAAAGCCGUACUUAUACAAGUGGAAUUUGAUGCAGAAACACUCAUUCCCUUAGCUUAAAAAAAAUAAUCAUGGUGAAUUUGUCAUUCUUUCAUUUGAAAAUGUGAAAAAUAUAGUCCUGUUUUUUAAAGUCUUUUAGGGGCUGUAUUGAACUGGACACAUGCAUAAAUUAACUGAUUUGCUGUACAUGCUAUUUACUGUUGUGAUGAAAUAAGCAUUAAUAAAUGCCAUUAUAAUUAAAUAUAAUGUCAAGAAAGCAAAUUUCCAGGUUUUAAAAUAGAAGUGUUUACAAAUAGGAUACAAAGGAAAGGAUUACAUUGAAUUAAUCAUUGUUUCAAUUAGGAUCUUCAUCUUUUGGCUCGUUAAUGGUAAAGGUGAUCCAUUUUAGCUGACGUGAUGACAUCAUAGGCCACAACAAUUUGCUUCAAGUGUGUGACGUGUGUGUGUGUUGAAAAUCACACAUUCAUUAAUGACUCGGAGGACUCACUUUGUUUCUAAAAGUAAACCGUUUAAAAUGACUCCAGGGUCAUGUUCAUUAGCCACCAAAUGGAUGAAACCUGACUGACUACUUAGACUUGUCCAAUAAGAAACACACAUUUUAUUUUCAUGUUGCGUGCCCUACUGUACAUGACCCAGGUUUCUUUGGUUACUACCAUCCCAUGCUUAUGCAAUAUGUAAGACUUUGUCGCCUUGUUUGUUUUUGUCCAUGGUGGCAAUGUCUGUUACCGUAGGCUUGCAGUUACCGUGAUCUUUUUCCCCUGGCUUGACGACAUUUGUCACUGUGUACUCUACUCUCCUAACUCUUCUCCGCGACUCCUACAGGACUCCGGUAAAAGUCCGAGGCCCAUUAAGAAGUUCCUCCCGAAACGCAAAACAGAACGAAAACCUUCAGACGAUGAGUUCCUCCUGCGGAAAAGUAGGUUUGAUCAUCACACUCUAUUAUGUAUAAUUUCCUAGUGUCCAAAUGGGUUGCCACCAAGGAAAGCACAGAUUCACACUCUGUGUGGCAAAUUCCAUACGCCGCCUAACCAAUGGCCAAUUUCUAUCUCUGUGAAUCAAUGUAAUUCUCUGCAUAUUAGCUCAAACGUGUAUCUCAUGUGGUUUAUGAUAACUUAAAGUCGGAGUGCCUUCUCAAGGUGAGAGUGAAAGUUAGUUACUCAUCAAACACAUCCAGCUUCUUCUUGUUAGUGUUAGUUUUAAAAGCUCAUAUUCUGUUAACUCAUACCCAAAUAAUGUUGUUGACUUGUCCUAUACUCGUAUUUGUGGCCGAAGUGUAAAUUCGAGAGAGAAAAAAACACCUCAAACUUUUCUGACUGUUUCAAAAAUGCUUGGUGUGUCCCCAUUUAAUGUGAUGUCACGUUGGUUCAUUGGCUGAGCUGGCCAAUCAGCUGUUUACUUUUUGUCUUGAAUAUCAUUUUAAUGACCAGCAUACGCCCACACCCUUCUGUUGUUGGGGUAUUCUCACACCGUUCCAACACAGAAAAGCUGCUUUUUAACAUACUUAAUUGCCAUUUAUUGGAAGGAAAACUGUUUUACUCAUGUUAUAAUGAAUUAUAGGUCAUAUUUCAUAGACAUCUGGAAACACUGGACAGUUACUUUAAAUUGCAUGGAACGAUGAGAGGGAAAUGGACCGUCCAUAGCAUAAACCCAUAGAGAUGCAGCAGCUAAAUCAGUUGGACCUGACUGUAUGUGUACAUGUCAGUGGAAUGUUGAAGGUUUGAAUGUAAAGUCUGUUGUUGUGGUUCAGAAGGCACAUGACCCCCGGUUUCCCCUGCGUGCCUUUGAUUGACAGGUACAGCUGCUCUGGAGGAGGACGCCCAGAUUCUGAAGGUGAUCGAGGCCUACUGCACAGGGGCCAGCCUUCAUCAGACCAACACAGGUGAGACGAAGGAUACUCUGUGUGUGUUCGAGCACACGCCACCGCGUUUGUAUGUGUCUGUGUGAGUGAUUGUCUUUUUUCAACCUGUCAAUCAAAUCUAAUCUAAUUGUAUUUGUCACAUGCGCCGAAUACAACAGGUGUGGACCUUACCAUGAAAUGCUUACUUACAAGCCCUUAACCAACAAUGCAGUUCAGGAAAAAGAGUUAAGAAAAUAUUUACUAAAUCAACUCAAGUAAAAAAUAAAAAUAAAAAGUAACAAUAACGAGGGUAUAUACAGGGGGUACAUGUACCGAGUCAAUGUGCGGGGGUACAGGUUAGUUGAGGUAAUUUGUACAUGUAGGUAGGGGUAAAGUGACUGUGCAUAGAUAAUAAACAGCAAGUAGCAGUGUAAAAACAAAGGGGUCAAUGUAAAUAGUCCGGGUGGCCAUUUGAUUAAUUGUUCAGCAGUCUUAUGGCUUGGGGAUAGAAGCUGUUAAGCAGCCUUUUGGACCUAGACUUGGCGCUCCGGUACCGCUUGCCGUGCGGUAGCAGAGAGAACAGUCUAUGACUUGGGUGACUGGAGUCUUUGAAUUUUUUUUGGGGCCUUCCUCUGACACCGCCUAGUAUAUAGGUCCUGGAUGGCAGGAAGCUUUGGCCCCUGCCAUCCAUUACAUUUUACAUUUUAGUCAUUUAGCAGAUGCUCUUAUCCAGAGCGACUUACAGUUAGUGAGUGCAAACAUUUUCAUACUGCCCCCCCCCCCCCCUAACUUACAGUUAGUGUGUGUGUGUAAUACAGACAAAUAGUUUUCUUCAACACGUCCAGGAUGUGUGUGUACCGCACCUUCAAUGGCCCAUAGACAUGGCAAUGACUCAGGCUUACUCGUGUGUGUGUGUGUGUGUUAUUGUGUGUGUCUGCAGCGGUGAGGAAAGAGUCUGUCCCUCAGGUCCUGCUGCUGGAGGAAGAGAAGAUGAUGGUGGAGGAGAUGAAGAACAACGGUCAGACAAUCAUAGAGGAAAAGUAAGACUGCCAUCACUCAGUGGAAUAUACUUUUAUUAGGCCAUUACAUCACUGUGUAUGCACAUGGAUCUGCAGUUAGUUAUUGUUCAGCCGGUCGUUUCAACAGAUCUAAUCCGCUUUUUCGAGGCUACUGUAGGACACUAGUAUUUAUUUAUCCAAUUAAAAUUGAUCACCUUGAGGUUUUGCCAAAACAGUGCUUUUGUCUUGAACAUUGGAUAGCAAGAAAUUGUGAUUAACGUUGAAUAGCAAAAAAUUGUGGUCAACAUUGAAAAGCAUGAAAUUGGUUCUUUGAAUAUUUCUGAAAUUGUUAUGUUUGACUACCUCGAACACACACAUUCCAAAGCCUUUAUCAUAUUGUAACAUGAAAAUAAUAUGCUAUUGGCCCACUUUCUGAUAACCUUUGUUUCUUGGCUUGCAGGAGUCUGGUUGAUGCGGUGUACGCUUUAAAGGAUGAGGUCCAUGAAUUAAAAAAGGUAAAAUAAAAUAAUUGUUAAUCUAAAGCUCACUCUGACACAUUUAAAGGCUGACAAGCCGUUUUGUUCAGUAAUGUUGGUGUUGUGGUUUAUGUGGGUGCCUGCUUGUCUAUCUGUAGGUACAUGUUUUGUUAUUCUGGGUUCCUACUUGUAGGUGUGUGAGAAUGCGUGUGUUCUCACAUGUCUGUGCUGAGUUUCAAUGGACAUUUUGUGUAUGUGUCUCGUCAGGAAAAUAAGUGGAUCAAGCAGUGUCUGGAGGACGAGCAGAAGUCUCGUAAAGAGCUGGAGAGAGUGGUCAGGAAACUGGCCAAGCAGAAGAACGACUGUGCCUGGGAGGAUGGAGACCACUGA